UCUUCUAUACAGUGUUUCCUUCUGUCUUUCUGUUCUUUCUUUCCGAUCCUCGACGUCGUUGUCGUCCUCGUCUCGUUCUUCUCGUUCCUCUCGUUCCUCUCCGUGACUUGCGCGGGCAGUGUUCUCGCCAAUUUUCGAUAGCGGAAGGAAAGCACUCUUCUUGAACAUCUCGGUCUCCUCUUCUUCUCCCUAUGUCAUCCACUUUUCUUCUAUUAGUCUUCGGAGCGUUCACAAAUCCUUAGAAUAGAAUAAGCGCCACUUAAAGUGCAAGCAGAAAUCACUGACAGCUCAGUAGUGCUCGAAGGCUCGACGGAAGAGCAUCAUCCGGAAGGCAGUGAAGACAACACACAAAGACCUAACCAAAAGUGACAAGAGUCUGGCUUUGAGAUUCGGUGCGUCGACCAACAAAUAGCCCCACACCUAGGAUCAACCAGAUUCAAUUUGACCGGAGAGCUUCAAGGUCAUGACCCAAAGGUCGGCUAACUCUCCAAGUGUAGCCAUUGUUCAGGAAGCAACUCCAACCAUUCCGAAUAGCCAAGUGUCCCGGCGUUCUGAGGACCAACACAACAAGGACAAUAACAUGCGUGCCUUAACCGAACAUUUAUCCAGUUCAAGUUCAGCCUUGGUUCAUGCAUCCCAGCUCUCGGACUCGUCCAAUACGCCCUCAUUGGGAGUACGGGAUUCAAAUGGAAUUGUAAUGUGGCAUCCGCAUGUCUAUCAGGAACCGCCCAAGCAACCCACGCCUUUUUCCAUUGAUGACAUUCUACAGAAGCGGAAGAACUACCUGGCUUCUCGAAGGCAAGGGGAACUCCCUGUUAUGAAUGCCAGCGAAUCCGGCCGCAUCUUUGGUGGUGAGCAGCCAUCCUCAAGGAUCUCCACUCCUUCGGCUAUUGAAGACGAUUUGGACCAACCUUUGAAUUUGACGACCAAACGGGAAAAUGAACCUGACAUUUUGCGAGAUUCAAUGGGCCACGCCCUCAGUUCUGCUCACAAACGCAAACGAGAAUCCAUUGGUUCAAGUGGUCAAAGUCCUUCAGCAUCCAUGUUACAUCGCCUAGAGAGCUCGGGAUCUCACUCGGUUUCGGACUCUGAGGAAGAGGAGCGUAAGAAGAAAAAAGUCCGAACUACAUUCACUGGUAGACAAAUUUUCGAACUGGAAAAAAUGUUCGAGGCCAAAAAGUACCUAUCUUCAUCCGAGAGGUCGGAAAUGGCGAAGAACCUUAAUGUCACUGAGCAACAGGUCAAAAUCUGGUUCCAAAACAGGAGAACCAAGUGGAAAAAGCAAGAAAACAUUUCGAACGCCGAGGCUAAUGAGCUGUUGAAGUCAAAGAAUGCGGCCUUAAAGGCCAAAAAUGCCACGUUAUCAUCGUCCAAAUCUCAGAGCUCACCCACAACCUCAGCCUGCAAUACCCAAGACGGUUGUGGUGUGGCAUCAAUGCUUGGGAAGCUGAAUCCUUCCUCGCCAGGCUCAACGUCCUCUCAACCACGAAGGCCAGUGUCCACAUCCCCGUCCACCUCGGCCCCAAGUCUCAUGGACACGUUCCACUCCGCCGGAGUUCCGUUUGACCUUCAAGCAGCUCAAUCUCAACUUCUGAACCUGGCUGCUCAGCGCGGGAAUUUGCAAGCGGCUGCAGCUGCCAGCUUGUUGUUGUCUACUACGAGUUUCCCCGGGAAACCCUCCGAAUCGUCCUCACACAGACCGUUCAUGGGAAACCAUCAGUCAGACUUGAGUUUUAAGUACCUAAGCUCCACGGAUCAAACGUCCGACGACGACAUGAAAUCGCCUCUGGGGAAUGAGUACUCCCAGCCCGCUACUGAGCCUGACCCUGAGGAGGCUAAGCUCGUCAUUGACGACCACGACAAAAGUGAGCUCAAAGAGUCCGAAUCUAAUCUGGAGACUGGCGAUCCGACCUCGUCGUCGAGUCCCGACUUGAAGGACGUGAAACUUCGAAUGGAGGCCCAAGUUCAAUUGCAAUCUUUGCGGGGCGAUCGAGAGCCUGAGCUCAAACCGGACCGAAUCGAUAACAUUAAUGUGAUAUCAGAGAACCCCGCCGACAAUUCGAACGAGCAUGUGAUUCUGCGCUCCAAGCUCGAAUCCGAAUAACUUUUGGCCCUUGAUGCUGCUGUCUCGUCUCGUUUUGCACAUUCCACAAUCCAUCCCUUGAUCUCAUCAGAAUGGAAACACUACAUUGACUUUUGAACACUUACAAAAACCCUUGCAAUUUGUUAUUUUACGGAUAACGGUGAUAACUUGUGUCAACCCUUUUGAGGGCAAAGCGAUCCCGUUGUUGGCACAUGAUCUGUUUUUAAGUGCUUUGCUUGUAGUCUGAUAUCGACCCUAAAACUGAGUGUCCUUUCAAAAAAACUUGUCCAGUCUGGUCAGAUUGUGUGCAUUUCAGAUUUUCAAUGCAAUUUUUAUACAUCAUCCUACUUACCCCACUGUUGUGAGAUAUGAUGCUUGAGUUUCCCUUUCCAUUUCAUUUUCUUGGGAACUACUAUCUUUGAAGACUUUGCGAAGAAUAAAAAGUGCUUGGAGGAGCCUCUCCCAAUUAAGACCAAAAA